AUGGCGCCGCUCUCGCAGCGGCUGCGCGCCGUGGCGGCGACCUUCUACCGCGGCGGCACCAGCCGAGGCUUGAUCUUCUCGCCCGCCUCCUUGGCGCGCUUCGAUGCGCCGACGCGCGACCGCAUCAUCUGCACUGCCAGCAGUCCAGAUGCCGACCUGCGCCAGAUCAGCGGGCUGGGCGGCGGCGCCUCGUCGCUCUCAAAGUGCGCCGUCGUCUCGGCGCCGUCGGACGACUGGCAGCGCCUGGCACGCAUUGCCGGGCAUCCCUUCCCAGGCGUGAGCUGGGCGGAGAACUUUGAGCGCGCGAGUGAUUCGAAGACCGGCUGGGACUGCGUCUUUCGCUUCGGCCAAGUGCCCAUCAACGGCACGACGAUCGACUGGGGCUCCACGUGCGGCAAUCUGGUUGCCGCUGUGGCCGACUAUCACCUGAGCAGUGCUGCAGGUGCCUCGCAGGCCAUGAAGCGCCUGGGCCGUCCUGCGCAUGGCAGUGACGAAGCCGAGCAGCCUCGCAGCAUGCCGCUGCGCAUCCUCGCGCACGACUCGGGCGCCGUCGUCACGGCACGCAUGGAUGUGUACUGGCACGCCGACAUGCAGCGAUGGGCGCCUGCCACUGCAGGAGACGCGGCGAUUGCGGGAGUGCCAGGCACGGGCGCGGGAGUGGUCAUCGAGAGUCCAGUCAGCGACGUGCUGCCAACGGGCAGGCCCGUCGAUACCAUCAACGUCGACGGCCUGGGGUCGAUAGACGUCAGCGUGGUCGACACGGGCCUGCCAACGAUUUUCGUCGCGGCCUCCUCCCUCGCCCUGCCCGAUGCGCUGCUCCUCGCACAUCCCUCUGUGCUCGAAGGCGAUGCAGCGCAGAUGGCCAAGCUGGAGGCGGUGCGGUGCGCUGCAGCGCAAUUGACGCCGGAGUUGACAAGACGCUUGUCGCCGCCCGCACCAAAGGUGUGCGUCGUGGCGCCUCGCGCGGCGUACAGCACAACGGGCAGCGAGGCGCUGCGGGCCGAGACCAUGGACUGCCUGCUGCGUGCGCUCUCCAACGGCCAAGUGCACCGCACAGUCCCCGCCACGACGCUGUCGGCCGCCGCGGCCGCACAUGCCUAUCGCGACUCGGUCGUCUCUCGCGUCGUUGCGCAAGGCGGAAGCGAGCCGUGUGCCGCCUCGCGUGCAGCGACCGAGAUGGCCUCUGCGGGCGAGGCACCGGGCAAAGUGUGCAGUCUGACAGUCGGGCAGCCCGCGGGUCUCUCGAGCGCCUCAGUGCUGCUGAGUCCAACAGCAGGACCGGGCGGCGAGAGCAGUCCAGCAUCCGUCCUCAUGCUGCGCACCGCGAGACGAAUAAUGCACGGCCACGUCCUUGUGCCUCGCUCCUGCGCGCCGUUCGAGGACUGGGCAAACUUCAUGCCGCCGCCGCCUGCACAGGAAGGCAUCGAGACGGACGACUGGCGGCAGAGCAGUGUUGAUGGCGAGGAGAUCCCGAGCUUCCGGUAGAGAUGUGUCUUCGCAAAUGCAUUGCCCCGCUGUCACCCUGAAGUCUUCGACACGCUGAUAUCACAUGAACGAGUCGUCGCUCUCCUCGCCGUCUGACUCGUCGUCGCCG